GAUAGCCUAGGAAGUAGGAAGAAACACUCAGCACGACUUUGGCUAUUUUUCUAAAUCUUAAACAGAAAAUGCGCAGUUUUGGACAUUUUACCGAAAUGAUGAGUCGAGUUUUCAAAAAAUCCGCACAAAGAUUUCUGAGCCCUGUAUUCAGCGAAAUGGCGCCAUUGAAUUCGAGAAAUUCGCAACUGUCACCUCCAUUUUCUUCAUCCUUCUUCUUCUUCUUCUUCUUCUUCUUCUUCUUCACUUUUCUCCAUUUCUUAACACACAAAAUCCGGAUCCUUCUCCAAUGAAGAAAUCCAAUCAGAUAUUUAGAACAAUAACCCCCGCUUCAGCAGCAGCAGCAAAAUUUGAUACCAUCAAUUUCCACAACUCCAAUGUCGAUUCCCUUGUAGCUUUGAUUGACAACCGUAACCCUCUCUCUCACUUGGAUGGUGAAUUCCAUACCUCCUCACCUUCUUCUGUUUCUAAAACUGUGGACGAUCUUUGGAGGCAGUUGAAGGAGGAGUCUGUUGAAGACUUGAUAUUGAAUCCCUUGAGUUGUUUAAAGGAUUUCGAUAGGGUUUAUGUUGAAGAUCAGGAGAAUGUUGGGUUUGGGAAUAAAGUUGAUAUUAGGGCGAGAGGGAAGAGAAGGCGCGUAGCCAUGGAGCCGAUGGAUGACGCUGCGCUUCAAAGACAACGGAGGAUGAUUAAGAACAGGGAAUCUGCUGCUAGGUCCAGAGAAAGGAAACAAGCACAUCAAAUUGAGUUAGAGUCAAUAGCUUCGAGACUUGAGGAGGAGAAUGAACGAUUAUUGAAAGAGAAGGCUGAGAGAUCCAAGGAACGACUAAAGCAGUUGAUGGCAAAAGUUAUCCCAGUUAUGGAGAAACAGAGGCUGCCACAAGUCAUAUGCUGGGGUCGCUCCUUCGAGUGGUAGCCUAUCAAUCAUUUCUUGUGACACAAGAAGCCAAUAUCCUUCUCAGAAUCAAGGUCCUGACGUGAUCUGACUAACCUUCAAUCAGAGAAAGGAUCAUAACCUCAAUAGUUAGUGAAGAAAAAGCUUUUGUUUGUUUGGCCAAACACAAAGUGCUCUGCUGUUUUAUCCGUGACUGGUCAUUUUUAGGUUCGACCUCGUGCACUUCUGUGAAACCCACUAGAUUAGUUGAUCAUAUUUUCAUAAUUAAUAAACCUUUUCUUUUCUUUUACUAGUUGAUUCAAAUAUUUUAUCAUCACAACUUAUUUUGUAGGAUUGAUAUUUAUUUCUGCAUUUAUAAACUUUUUUUCAUGUCUUUUUUAUUUUUA